UCAAUUUGUCAUUGAUUUUGUUGGUUUUAUAGUUUAAUAAUACAAGAAUGUAUAGAAGUAUUGUGGAAAAAGGAAAACUUUUCUAUCAUUGAAUUCACUUAUUAGUACAAGGCAUUAUAAUAAACAACAUGGGCGCUCUGGCAAGCAGACAAAAUGCUGGAGUUGAAGAGGCAGAUGUAGUCUCUAAUCAUGCGUACAAAUAUCCACCCAGAUCUGGCAACUACUUUGGAAGUCAUUUCAUCAUGGGCGGAGAAAGGUUUGACACACCUCAACCAGAAGCAUACUUGUUUGGAGAGAAUGCGGACUUGAAUUUUCUUGGGAGCAGACCAACUCCUUUUCCAUAUCCACCGCCUCAAUCAAACGAACCAACAAAGACGUUGAAAAGUUUAGUCAAUAUUAGAAAGGAAUCGUUAAGAUUUGUUCGUUGUCCAGAACCAGUGGGUAAAUUGAACGAUAACAAGAUCAGUGAUGGAAUGAUUAAAAGUGUGGACUGCAACGUAAAGGGGACAUAUUAUAACAUAGAGUUCACAUUUGACUGUGAUGCUAGAUGUGCUAUUACUAUUUUCUAUUUCUGUACUGAAGAAGUGACUCCAGCAGGUGUUGUGUAUUAUCCCAGAGAUCCUACAAUGACCUCACAGACAUAUCACUACAAGAAAGGUGCCAAUCAACAAUUUUGUCAGAUCUCGCAUGUAUUUGACCCAUCAAAAUACCCAGAGGAAGACUUGAUUUACAAUGCGGAUAGAGAAAUAAUACCUAUUGCUAUCUAUUGUGUUGUUGAUGAAGGGCAAGAAGAAAUACGGCAAUCGCACACUACCAUUGCUAUAAUAGAAAAACACUCAGAUGGGACUUAUGUUUUGAAAGCGUUGAAACAAAAGUUAUUUGUUGAUGGAUUAUGUUAUCUGCUUCAGGAAAUAUAUGGCAUUGAGAACAAGAAUUUAGAUACAAAGCCAAGUUCAGACGAGGAGACUGAAGAUGGUGGUUCAGAAUGUGUAAUCUGUAUGUGCGAUGUACGGGAUACUCUGAUCCUACCUUGCCGGCAUCUCUGUCUGUGCAACUCUUGUGCGGACUCGUUGCGCUACCAGGCCAACAAUUGUCCCAUCUGCCGCGCCCCAUUCCGCGCUCUGCUGCAGAUCCGCGCUCUACAGAGACUCUCCACACCCGGACUGUUGCCCGCUGCCACCAAUCCUCCUGAUGGUAGCAUGGAGAACAUCCCGGCAGGGUACGAGCCGGUGUCACUGCUGGAGGCGCUGAAUGGGCCGAGUGCUCGCGCGCGCCCCCCGCCUGCGCCUGCGCCGGCCCCCGCCAUCGCCAGCCCAGAUACUGACACCGCCUCACAGGCGGCUGAGAUUCUGAACCGUUGCAACGUGGAACGUGAACGUAGCUCGUCGACGAGUCUAGGCAGUGGUGGCAGUCGUAAGGUGCGCCGCGGCUCCAAGGAGGCCCGCCCUCCGCACCAGCCGCUCACACCUGAGUUCCGCAUGUCGGUGCUGUUGGCGCGCGAGGAGGAGGCGAAACGAGCUGAAGAUAAGGCGGUGGCCAGCAGCCCUCUACUCUACAAUCACAACGGAUUCUCCUCAGAUAAACUGUCCAAAAGUUCUUUGAACUCUCACGGCGUGUCUGAAGGCGAGUCGCGAGCAGGCUCCGCAGCCUCGGUGUGCGCCUCAGAUGACGAAGCCACGCCCACUGCUGGGGCGGAGCCCGACAGCGAUGCGGAGCGCCGUUCGCCCCUCCUCGCUAACCAGACCACGCCCACGUUGCCUGUAAACGGGGUGUUGAAGAACAGCGGGGCUGCGCUACGUCUGGCUGCGCCGGCGCUUGCGCACAUUGACGACACCGACACUGAGGAGGCUGACCCAGCGCACAACUCGCUGGGCCGCACGCCGAGCGGGGCUUCCCCGGCGGGCGAGGACUCGGACUAUUUCACACCGGAGGAGCCCGCCACCACCAUACUGAGCGGGCCGCGCACCGCCAGGCCUGAGGCCGCGCCCUCCGCGGGGGCGGAGGCGCCGCAACGCUGGGCCCUUCCGCACCACGUCACCUCGCUACCAGGCACUCCUCUGAGUCAGUGGAGCGCGCGGUCGUCUGGAGAGUCGUACAGCUCCACGUCGUCCUCACGACAACUGCUGGCGGCGCCGCUGCCGGCGGAGCCCUGCUAGCGACUGGCCCCCAAGCGCCUCGCGCUCUCCUGCCACACCCCCCACACACCACUCUCGCCGUUCUAACAUACAAGUAAACAUCAGUUUCCAGGAUAAAAACUAAUCAAGGCAGCACUAAUAGUUUUAAUUUAAUAUUUGUAUGUAAUUCUUCCGUGUAUCUAGUUCUGACCCAAGUACGCCUCCACCUACCUAGCACCCACAAUCUUAGAGGCAUCUUGCGCUCUCAUACCCACUUAUAUACUUCCCCUCUGUAGCGAGUCAUCCCCUAACUUGUAAAAUAUUGGUACAUUUUGUUUAAUAAAUUAAAUAGCACAAUAGUUAUGUCGAUUUUUAACGACUUAAUAAGUAUUGGAAAUG